AGCUCAAGUCAGUGCAGCUUUGCGUGCACCAAGCCUCAGGUGAGUAUGUCUGAUGCAUCACCUGGCAAUGAACGCUUUAAGCAGUUGCUGAAUGAGCUGACCGAGGAACAUGAGACUGCCUUGGAGGACUUGAAAGCCACCGUUUCCGCGCUGCGCGAAGAGCUGGUGCAGCUGAAGAAGGGCUUCCCCUCCAAGGAGACAAUUGCGACCUUUGAAAGCUGCGACGCGCUGCGGGAGGAGGCCUCAAAGGAGAAGCAGGAAGAGUUGGGUCAGCCGCAGGUGGAGGCGUCCGAGGUCGGCAAGGCGUUUGCUUCUGCCCAGCCUCGGGAAUUGAAAGAGAUGAACACGGAGGAUGAGGACCUUAACCCAGUGAGUGUGACGGUCUACUCUGUGACCGGCUUGCCCAGCUCAGCGCUAGGCAACUUCUCCGCGCCGCUGCAGUGCUUCGUCAGUGCAAAGUCGGGCUUGUCGGAGAUGCCCUCCGCAAUCGUGGAGCUGGAGCAGGAGUUUUCGAAUCUCAACACCACGGGAGCCUCGAGUACCUGGAAAGCGGAAUUCGAGGAAGGCACCGACCUGUGGCUGCAGAUUCCGACGCAGGAGGAUUAUGUGCUGGUAGAGCUGCAAGCGAAGGGCACGGGCGCGGUCAUCGCUACUGCCACGGUCAAGCUCAACGCAGUUCGACAGCCAUGGAUGUUGGAUUGCGGCGGCCUACUGGAUGCCGAGGCAGUGUUACAAAAGGGCCAGACUCCGGCUGGCAAGAAAGGGCGGCGAAACACAACGAUAGGUCGCAUCCAAGACAGGUUGGAGUUCCUCUUUGCUGUCAAGGAUCCCAGAUCCAAGGUCAUCAUGGCUCGGGACCUGUUCGCUGCCUUGAGGGCCUCGAAGAAUCCCACGAUGAUAAGCUUGGGCAUGGAUGACAUGGAUGAGGUGCUGAUAGAGCUUCGCCGAAUCCACCAGAACGUCGUAGACAAGACCCGGCUGCAGAAGUUCAUCGCGCCACAGCCGGUGAUGUCUUGGAAGAGCUUUACCGAAUGCAUCGUUCUGGAGAACCUGCCCAAGUACUCCACCGGCCCUGUGGCGCUGAACCUCUUCGUCCUGCAGCGCGCGCUGCUUGGGGACGAGAUGCCAGCUACCGGGACCUCCAGCGCCCUGCUGAUGGCCUACCAAAAGGUCAAGAAGCCCCUGUCCAAGGGCCAGCGCUACGUGAGCUUGGUGACAGGCCUGUCGACCUUUGCGAUCCUCCUGAGUUUCGCUUUCAUGGGCAUUUCCUUGGACAACGACCCGGACUGGUACGGGUGGGUGGUGCUGGAUGGGACCUGCGCGGUUGUUUUUGUGGCCGAAGUGAUCGUAAAGACCUGUGUGCUCACGGCAUCUGUCUACUUCUGCGGGCGUGACUGCCUUUGGAACAUCUUCGACGUGGGUUUGUCGCUUGUCGCGGUGUCGGAGAUUAUCUUGAAUAUUCUCUUUUUUAGCAUGGGCUCGACGACGAAAGCUGCCUUGAUCCUACGUGGUUUGCGCUUGGCGCGGAUGGCUCGGCUGGCGAAGCUCAUGCGGAUGCCACUUCUGGAAGAGCUGGCGAAUAUCAUUUCAGGCUUUGUCAUCAGUGUCCGCUCGCUCUUCUGGGUUAUGAUUUGCCUCGCAUUGGUCGUGUACGUCAUGUCCUUAGGGUUCCGCGCGACGGUGCAGACGGUCUCAACCGACGCCCUCUCGAAAUGCGGCUACGGGGAUAGUUUCGACCUGGACCCGGGGGAGCUGCCCAGAGAAUGCAAGCUCCAUUACAUGUAUGGCGAGGAGUACUGCGGCUCAGUGUUUGGAUGUAUGUUCUCCAUCUUCCGGUGCAUGAUCGGGGACUGCACAACCAAAGGCGGGCGAUCGCUCACCAUGAUCUUCAGCGACGGCUUUGGCUUGCGCUUCGAUAUUUUUUACGCCUUCAGUAUGGUAUGUGUGAUUUUUGGCCUCUUCAAUAUCAUCACGGCCAUCUUCGUUGAAGCAACGCUGAACGGGCUGAAGGAGAACGAGGCGCACCGGAGGUAUGCGAAAGCAUACGAGUCCACCUACAUGACGGAACAGCUGGCCAAGCUGGUCAUGUGCGUUUCAACGCAGGUGCAGAAGAUGCGCAGCAGGACGUCGGUCUUGCCAGCUCUGCUGGGCGGUACCGUGAACCAGCUGGGCAAUACCGUGGGCCAGCUGGGCAACCUCGUGAGCACCGAGCCGAGCAACAAGAAGGAUUCCAAGAAGGAUUCCCCCAGAUUGCAGAAGGAGAUCUACCUCAAUGAAGAAGAGUUCAAUUCGAUGAUCAGAAAUCCGGAUGUUCGGGUGAUCCUGAACGAUCUUCACGUGAGUGUAGAGCCGCGGCCUGGCAUCUUCGAGGCUUUCAACACAGAGGAGGACGGCACCGUGUCCGUGUCGGAGCUCGUGUCCGGGCUCAUGAGAUUGCGGGGAGAUCUGCACAAGGUGGACUUAGUCAUCGCGCAGAUGACCCUAGAGCAGUUGGGGAGGCAAGUGCAGGAAGUCAAGAGAUCGAUGCAAAUGGCCAAGGACACUGCUAAGGCCAGCACAAAGGAGCUAGCACGGCGGCUUGUGAAAAGGCCGAAGAUUCUGGGGGUGAGACCGCCAAAGUGUCAGUCUCCCAGCAAGGGCACACCUUGAGGUGGAGUUGGAAUGGACUAGAGCCACCCGUUCGCC